AUGGUUUAUCGCUCAGGGCAAUUGGUCCGGUCUGCCGCCCGGACCGCAUCAUUCGUCCCUCGUCGAACAUUAGCCUCUACGACCGUCCGUUACGCUGCGAACAAUGACGAAAAGAAAUCCACCGGAUUGUUCGCCUCUAUGAAGAACCUGUUUCUGAGUGAUUCAAGUAAGAAAGCCAAGGUCGCUCAUCGACCCUCGGCCCCUAAAAAGGAGGAAGGUGGUCUUGGUGCGAGUUCUAUCUUCGGAACAGACUUGACCGCACCAUCAUCGGGCCCUAUGCCAUCCCGGGGCAAGGAAGGCAAAGCAGAAGAAGGUCCCGCUUCCGCAAGAUUGGAGGACCGUGAUGCUCUCCGUCUUCAAGCAGCACUGCACCCGGACCCCAAGGCACAGCUGCGAUGGGAGAGGAAGAUGGCCGUCCGCGAGAUCCGGAAACGAGGUCGCCUACCCGCGAAGGUCCAGAUCAAGCGCACCGAGCGCGAACAACUCGCCAAGUCCCAGUGGAUCAAGACCUCGCUGAAAAAGCUGGGUCCCCUGGCCCGACAGAUCGCUGGUAAGAACAUCGACGAGGCUAUCCUCCAGAUGCGCUUCAGCAACAAGAAGGCUGCCAAGGAUGUGUUGGAGCACCUAGAACAUGCAAAGAACGUCGCCGUGGUCCGUGCCGGCAUGGGCCUGUCAGGCUCCGAGACUCAGAAACCCAUCACCGUCACACUCAAGAACGGCGAGCGCAAGAAGAUCGCCGACCCCUCUGCCAUCUACAUUCAGGAGGCCUGGGUUAACCGCGGCCCCUACGGAUCCGAAAUGGAUCACCGUGCCCGUGGUCAAAUCAACAACAUGCGUCCCCCUGUCACAAGUUUGUCUGUCCUGUUGAAGGAAGAGAAGACUCGCAUCCGUGAGUGGGAGCAGCGGGAGGCCAAGGCUCAGCGCGAACGCCGGACACAGCUCUGGACUCAAUUGCCAGAUCGCAAGAUCCCCACGCAGAACCAGUACUACAGCUGGUGA